AGUAGUCUGCUUACAGUUCUAUGGCCCUAUAUAGUAAAGUAGCCGCUAGCUAGCUUGGGAGCAGUGAAGGAAGAGAUUUAUUAAUGCGCAUAUAAAACACCCAACUUUUACUCAACCACACAGUAUUCAGAGGAUCAUACAAAUAAUCACUUGUCAUACUCUUUUAGACAAAGGAUGGGAGAUCAAGCAGAAUUGGACUUAACCAGCCGAGACAUGCUGUGAGCGGAAAACCACAACUCCCAUUCCCACUGUCUGCUUUUCCACUUCACAAAUUACCAAGAUGUGUGUUUGGAAUCAAUCGUAGCAUGAGAGAUCGCAUUCAGAGCUUGGUUAAGUGGUGAAAGCUAAAGGGACGUCAGCGCUUCUUGUGGAAGGGGCUAAGCUGGCCAUGUCACGGGUCCCCACACCCCCUCCUCCGGGGGAGAUGUCCGUUGGGCCUGUGGCAGAGAGCUGGUGUUAUACCCAGGUUAAAGUAGUGAAGUUUUCCUACAUGUGGACCAUAAACAACUUCAGUUUUUGCAGAGAGGAAAUGGGCGAAGUUUUAAAAAGUUCAACCUUUUCCUCAGGUCCCAAUGACAAAAUGAAAUGGUGCCUGCGAGUCAAUCCCAAGGGACUUGAUGAUGAAAGCAAAGAUUACUUAUCUUUGUAUUUACUCCUUGUUAGUUGUCCAAAAAGUGAAGUAAGAGCAAAGUUCAAAUUUUCCUUACUGAACGCAAAGAGGGAAGAAACUAAAGCAAUGGAAAGCCAAAGAGCAUAUCGAUUCGUCCAAGGAAAAGACUGGGGUUUCAAAAAAUUUAUUAGGAGAGAUUUUCUGCUCGACGAAGCAAACGGACUUCUACCGGACGACAAGCUCACGCUCUUCUGCGAGGUGAGCGUGGUGCAGGACUCGGUGAACAUCUCGGGCCAGUCCAACAUGAACGUGCUGAAGGUGCCGGAGUGCCAGCUGUCGGAGGACCUGGGCAACCUGUGGGAGUGCUCGCGCUUCACCGACUGCAGCCUGCACGUCGGGGGCCAGGAGUUCAAAGCCCACAAAUCCAUCCUGGCAGCAAGAUCGCCGGUCUUCAACGCCAUGUUUGAACAUGAAAUGGAAGAAAGCAAAAAGAAUCGCGUGGACAUCAGCGACGUGGAGCCCGAGGUCUUCAAAGAGAUGAUGGGCUUCAUCUAUACGGGGAAGGCGCCCAACCUGGAGAAAAUGGCCGACAGUUUGUUAGCGGCGGCAGAUAAGUACGCUCUGGAGCGUUUAAAGGUCAUGUGUGAAGAGGCUCUGUGCAACAGUCUCUCGGUGGAGAAUGUGGCCGACACCCUCAUCCUGGCAGAUUUGCACAGCGCCGAGCAGCUCAAAGCACAAGCCAUAGAUUUUAUCAACAGGUGUAGUAUCCUCAGACAGCUGGGCUGCAAAGAUGGGAAGAACUGGAAUAGCAACCACGCCGCAGACAUAAUGGAAACUGCGGGCUGGAAGUCAAUGAUCCAGUCGCACCCUCACCUAGUGGCAGAGGCUUUCCGCGCGCUGGCCUCCGCUCAGUGCCCACCCUUCGGUCUGCCCCGGAAACGCCUAAAACAGUCCUGACUUGACUACUGUGCUGUUGUUUGGACUUUAUUAUUAUUUUUUUUUCCUCUGUGAUGAUUUUUUUGGGAAGGGAGAGCAUAUGAGGGACGAUUUAUUUCUCCUCUCUGCCAACCCCCUCCCUUUACCAACCAACCAACCAACCAACAAACAUACGAACUUGAAGAGAAAAAGUCAUCCGUGUCUCCGUAGGGAGGGUGGAAAGGCUUUGUCAUUUUAUCCCACACAACUGUUAUUCACUUUCCAAGUGAUUGGUCAAGUCCUGGUGGUCAAGCUUUAUCAGCUGGUAUCUUCUGUCAUUUCAAAAUGGCCUUAACCUCUCUGCCAUGACUCUGGAGUGAAGCAGAUGGAUGGAUGCGUGCUGGAGCAGCGGACUCUUCUAGAUGAUUCUACAACGCUGUGCCUGCCUUGUCACACGAAGACCAGGCCCUCCUUUCCCCCCCCCGUUGCACUAGUUCCCAAAGUCUAGUCAUUUUGAUAAAUGGAGUUCUAUAGGACCGUGCUAAAUGAGUGUUAAAUGGGAAAAAAAAUAUUAUAUAUUUGUAAUGUUUAGCCCGUUUUGUGACUAGACAUUAAAAUAAAGUGUCAACACUUGGAGCGCAAGGUCAUUUCUUUUACACUUUUUGAAAAGACAGCUAUGCCCCAUAUUGAAGGCACAAUUUCUUUGUAAAUACAUAAAAACAUAUUAAGAGGACAGGUUGUAAAACAAACAUAUUGUAAAGACAGGAGGAAAAUUGUAUGCCGAGAGAUGAUGUGAUUGCUGUAUGUAACUCAAAAGGAAUUCAUGACUGUAUUUCCCCCCCCUACUCAAUUAAAACCUCUGAGAUCUUUGGAGAGGGGAAAAAAAUCCCUUUUUAACCUAAUCUUCAGGCAUUGGUUAUUUCCAAAAAGCAUUAUCUCACUAAGAGAUAAUCCCAACGCAGACUGAAAAUGGCAAUUAACAUGUAAUUAUGGGUUCUAUGAUCAGAGAAAAAGGGAUCCUCUAAAAAUACCAGUGUAUCUGAUAUGUGGCUUAAAAUGAAAUGUCCAAGUUCAGUGUUAGUCAUUUGUGUUUUCCCUUCUAUUUGUCAGAAAUGACCUCAACACUGUAAAAAAAGAAAGCAUUGUUCCAAUUUAAAAAUAAAAAAAACAUCUAUGGCAACAUGCUGCAAUGAUUUUCUGUUGGUCUAACUCAACAAUCCCAUGUACGUUAUGAACAUAGGGGCUAUUUUUAAACCCAAUCCUUGCAGCAUGCUGCCUUACUUUUUUAUGUAAGCUGGUUUCAUGCGGCACAUUUUACAGUGCAGAUUUUAAAAAGGCAGGAAAAGGGAUGAAAAAAAUGAAGGCAACGAACGGAUGUGUGGUGGAAUGGCAGUGUCAUACUGAAACAGGGUGGCACAUUUGUAGGAUGCUGAGCAUCAGGUCUCAUUUUUAACUGUCUUGUGUGUGUGGAUGUGCCGCAUGGAUGGGAGGAAUAAUAAUAACAAAAACAGAUGUCUGUUGUGGAGUUUCUGUCUUGAACUGUGGUAUAACAAAUUGACUUGAUGUUACUCGUUUCGAGUGUGCACAAUACUGAAUGAUGAUGAUGAUGAUGAUGAAGCAUGUGUUUCAGAGUUCUCAAAAGGCCUCCAGACGUUGUGUUUUGACUUUCCCUCCCCCAUGUUGAAAGACUGUUUUGGAAGAAAAAUGCCUGCAACUCAUUAAAUAUUUUUGACUUUGA